CUGGCGAAUACAUGAAAGAAACAGAAAACUUUAUGCUUUUUUUUUUUCUUUUUUUUCUGGCCAAAGCUUAUUUGAUUAAAUGAAAAAAAAAAGAUUUUCUUUCGAACGUGUGGUACUCUCUGUAUCCAUCUAUAUAACGAAGAAGACAGCAAUGGCUUUUUAUGAACUUCUAAACCUUACUCUCGAAGACUCCUCUUUUACACAUUUCAUUACGUGAAUACGAAUCUGAAGAACCAUUUUCUCAAGAAUGGGAAGGCUAAGGCAACUAUGGUCAAGUCUUAUGGUGUUAGCCGUGGUGGUGAUCGGAACCGGAGCUGUGCCCAUCACAUAUCUUGAAUCUGCUGUGGCUAAAGGAGCCGUGUGUUUGGAUGGUAGCGCACCAGCUUACCAUUUCGAUAAAGGAUCUGGCUCAGGAGUGAACAACUGGAUCGUUCAUAUGGAGGGAGGAGGAUGGUGCACUGAUAUAGCUACAUGCGUAAAACGUAAAAGUACAAUGAAGGGUUCGUCUAAGUUCAUGAACAAAGACUUCGGUUUCUCCGGUAUCUUGGGUGGCAAGCAAAGCACCAAUCCAGACUUUUAUAACUGGAAUAGAAUCAAAGUUCGGUAUUGCGAUGGUUCAUCUUUCACCGGUGAUAUAGAAGCCGUUGAUCCGACGAACAAGCUGUUCUUCCGCGGUGCUAGGGUUUGGCGUGCAGUGAUUGAUGAUCUUAUGGCUAAGGGGAUGAGUAACGCUCAAAACGCGAUACUUUCCGGUUGUUCAGCCGGAGCAUUAGCUGCGAUUUUACAUUGCGACGAAUUCAAGUCCAUUAUCCCCAAAACGGCUAAGGUCAAAUGUGUUUCCGACGCCGGUUUCUUCAUUCACGGUAAGGACAUCAGUGGAGGAUCUUACAUCGAAUCGUACUACGGCAAAGUCGUAGCGACCCACGGCUCCGCAAAGAGUCUUCCUGUUUCUUGCACCUCAAGUAUGAAGCCAGAAUUGUGUUUCUUCCCACAAUACGUUGUUAAGACCAUGCAAACACCUCUUUUCGUCAUCAAUGCCGCCUUUGAUUCUUGGCAGAUCAAGAACGUUUUGGCCCCAACUUCUGUUGAUAAACGCAAAGAAUGGAAAACUUGUAAGCUUGAUCUUAAGAAAUGUACGGCCGCUCAGCUUCAAACCGUUCAAGGGUAUAGAGACCAAAUGUUGGCUGCUUUGGCGCCGGUUCGAGCCACGACGACGAGAGGAUUGUUUCUAGACUCUUGCCAUGCUCAUUGCCAAGGUGGAAGCGCAGCUACUUGGUCAGGCGCUCAAGGUCCCCAAGUCGGGGAUACGAAAAUGGCCAAGGCGGUUGGAGAUUGGUUCUAUGAGCGGAGUACGUUUCAGAACGUUGAUUGCCCAUCGCUGAAUUGCAACCCUACUUGUCCUGCUGUAUCUACUGAAGACUAAAUUUUUUAUUGAUGUUUCAACAUUGGAAUAAAUUUAUUCAUCUUUGGAAUAUUGUUCUUGAAAUUUAAAUAUGUUGUAUAACUAAUUACAAUUACUUAUACAUACAAAAAUAAUAAAAAUUGUGCACUCUUACAAA